UCUCAUUUCCAUACUUACAAGUAAUUAACAAACGCUCACGACGACAAAUAUGCCGUCGGUUUCUGGCCGAGUUGUAUGCGUCACCGGCGCCGGAGGUUUCAUUGCCUCCUGGCUCCUCAAACUCCUCCUGGAGAAAGGCUACACCGUCAGAGGAACCGUUAGAAAUCCAGAUGAUCAAAAGAAUGUUCAUUUGAUGGAGCUUGAAGGAGCAAAGGAGAGGCUGACACUUUGCAAAGCUGAUCUCCUUGAUUAUAAGAGUUUGCAUGAAGCUAUCGACGGCUGCGAUGGCGUUUUCCACACUGCAUCACCAGUUACCGAUGAUCCUCAAAUGGUGGAGUCAGCGGUGAUAGGGACGAAGAACGUGAUAACGGCGGCGGCGGCGGCCGGAAUUCGCCGAGUGGUGUUCACAUCUUCGAUCGGUGCGGUGUACAUGGAUCCUAACAGAGAGCCAAACAAGGUUGUGGAUGAGACUUGCUGGAGCGACCUUGACUUCUGCAAGAACACCCAGAAUUGGUAUUGCUAUGGGAAAACCGUGGCAGAGCAAAUAGCAUGGGAAGUGGCAAAGGAGAAAGGAAUAGACCUAGUCGUGCUCAACCCAAUGUUGGUGGUCGGACCAUUGCUACAACCCACAGUCAACGCUAGUGUCGUUCACAUUCUCAAGUAUUUGACUGGCUCUGUCAAAACUUAUACCAAUGCAGUCCAAGGCUAUGUCCAUGUUAGGGAUGUAGCCCUAGCUCUCAUCCUUCUCUACGAGACCCCUUCUGCCUCCGGUCGUUAUAUCUGCGCUGACACCAUCCUUCACCGUAGUCAAGUGGUUGAAAUUUUGACUAAAUUUUUUCCCGAAUAUCCUAUUCCUACCAAGUGCAAAGACGAAGGGAAACCCAAGGUAAUUCCGUACAAAUUUACUAACCAGAAGAUUAAGAAUUUAGGACUGGAAUUUAAGCCCGUGAAACAAUGCUUGUAUGAGACAGUUAAGAGCCUCCAAGAAAACGGUCACCUUCCAAUUCCAACCCAAGAUGAGAAUCCAAUUCAUAUGUAAUAUUUUCAUUUAGUUACUAUUAGAUCCAACGUGACCAAAGCUUACUAUAAGCACAAAUCAUGGAUUAAAAGAAAGUACGUUUAUUUUUAUUGGUCUUAGAUCAAAGUUAUAUACUUAGAAAUAUACAAUCCUGGGUAUACAAGUCUUGUAUUAUUUUACUUGAUCAAUAGCACUUUUCUCAUUGUUU